AUGGCGCAGGUAGGAGUGGCCCUGCGCAUGCGACCACGACUGGGUGGACCAGCAGCACGGGUACCGAGGGAUGUGGUACGCACCAUGGCGGACAUCUUGGCGCUGCCAUACCGUCACGCCCAGCGACGGCAGCUGCUGUCGCAGCAGUCGCCUGUGGUGCGUGCCCUCCUGGAUGGCGCACGUGCCAGCCUCCUGCGAAUCGACCUUACAGAUACCUACUACAAUGGUGCAAAAGCCAUGAUGCGUGCGGCUGCCCUCACCAUCGGCUGGCCACCAUUGUUCUUCAAUCUCAACCCGGCGGACAUGCACGCUGGCUGCGCUGUUGUAGCCUCUGGUCAGCUUAUAGAGUUCGACGACGCCGGUCGUCCGACCCAGAUCAGCAGCACGGUGGAAAAGUGGCGCCGUGUCAAAGAAGACCCGCACAGCUGCGCGGCACUGCUCAUCGCCACGAAAGAGGUGUUGGUGGAGCAGUUGUUUGGCUUUGCACCUGGAGCAAUGCGGCAGACUGACCCUAACUGCUUCUGUGGGGUCGUAUUCGAGGUAGUCGUCAAGGUUGAACAGAGCGGGCGAUUGGCACUACACUUGCACGGAGUCGCACACCUCGAGUGCUUCGCACUGACAACCUUCAGGCGUAUUCUGUGA